CGUGUGGGCGCCGAGGACACCUUCGGCAGCUCUGCCUUUGGAGGGGCUUCUGUAAACUACUGAGUCAUUCCAGAUUUAGGAUUUCCUAAAUAAUCACCAACUGUGCCCGUCUCGUGCCGGAACGCAGGCAGUGAGAGCGGGAGAGCCCGCUCUCCGGACCCCGCCGAUCCCCGGGGUGCUUGGCCCUCGAGGAUCUCCCUCCCUCCCGUUGUCCCUCCCCCUCCCUCGUCUCCCGCUCUCUUUGCAGUGCUGCCGGAGGAGAGGCGCGCUCACCGCAGCUGGAAACAGCUGCCACCCCUCUCCAACCCCCCGCCCUGCUCCCCUACCCCGGGUCUGGGUAAUCGCUCCCACUUUUCGCCUCUUGGAAUUCCAGAAGUGGGGAGGCCGGCCCCCGGAGAACCGCAGCCGGUGCGAUGCAUUUCGUAGACCUCACCCAGCCGGGACGGACCUCCUAAUCUUCAGAACCGCGGGCCACAGGGAGUUAAAUUGCUGCCUUCCUCUUCUCUGUCGCGGUUGGUGGUUCGUUUUCUAAAGGAACGUUUUCUUCACUUUUUACUAUAUAUAUUUUUAAGCCGGGGGCACGCUUCUAGCCUCGGCCCAGACUCUGCCUUGUAAACGGGUUUCUAUGUAUAUAUGUGUAGGUAUACUUUGGACACCUUACAACGCUUGCGCCUCUCCAACCAGGGCACCGCUUGUUAUUUUGGACAUCUUUUCCCCCUUUCCACUUGGUACCCCGAACGCAGUGUGACCAAACUCCCCACUGCCCUUUGGACGUGGAUCGCCUUGGGGUGCAAGUUUGGGGUACAAACGUCUACUUCGCAAGAAGGCCUGGGACCGCCCCGCCCCCGCCGCCAGUGGUUGGGGAAGUUUACAUCCGGAUUUUCACACGUUUUGUUGCCACACUGCCCAGACUCUGACUAACCUUGUGGGCUCCAGGUUUUCGAUACUGCAACCUCCUCAAAUAUUAGCACUGCCUCCCCGCGCCUGUCCUAUUCCUCCAGGCCCCCGAGGUCCUGCCCUCAUCCCGGCGGAGCAGGAACCCGAGGGCGCAGUGGAGCCCGGGGCCUCCGGCCCGCGCUGAGCAGCUAUGGCUGCGGCGAUAGCCAGCUCCUUGAUCCGGCAGAAGCGGCAGGCGAGGGAGUCCAACAGCGACCGGGUGUCGGCCUCCAAGCGCCGCUCCAGCCCCAGCAAAGACGGGCGCUCCCUGUGCGAGAGGCACGUCCUCGGGGUGUUCAGCAAAGUGCGCUUCUGCAGCGGCCGCAAGAGGCCAGUGAGGCGGAGACCAGAACCCCAGCUGAAAGGGAUUGUGACAAGGUUAUUCAGCCAGCAGGGAUAUUUCCUGCAGAUGCAUCCAGAUGGUACCAUUGAUGGGACCAAGGACGAAAACAGCGACUACACCCUCUUCAAUCUAAUUCCUGUGGGACUGCGUGUAGUGGCCAUCCAAGGUGUGAAAGCCAGCCUUUAUGUGGCCAUGAAUGGAGAAGGCUAUCUCUACAGCUCAGUAAGUAAUUCAGUUGUGUGUGUGUGUUUGUGUGUGUGUGUGUGUGUGUGUGUGUGUGUGUGUGUGUGUGUGUGUGUGUGUGUGUAUACAAAUCACUUUUUCACUUUAUCAUAGUAUUUGGAUCUUCGAAGUGAUGGUGUUGGUCCCUCCCAUGUAUAACAUCCCUUCAAAUCUACAAGUGACGAAUGGUGUAACACCAGUGGCUAUACUCUGAGCACUGGUGUACUUUUAAGUACUUAAGGCCUAUUUUUAAGUUAAUACUAUCCUAGUUUCUCUCUCUCAAAAAACUUAAAUUCAUGCCCGGAAAAAAGUAGCUAUUCUGAAUAAUUUCUGUUUUUCACACGAGAAUUGGUUGUUUGUGGCUCAUAAAAACAAUGUUUCUUGAAAAUCACAGCUAAAGGUUUCUAUGUACUCCAUAAUCUCAGUCAUUGUACAGACUAUCUAGUAAGUCAACCUGUGUUUCUCAGCUGUGGGGUAAACACUGAAUAGUGUUAGACUUCAGGUAACUAUUUACUGUGUAUCUCAUACAUCAUACACGCUUAUUAGUAAUGCCUCUGUCAUCAUAGCACACUUAAGCUGCUAUUGUCUGAAUGUUCCCGACCAUCUCCGAUAA